AUGUCAGUGCGAGGUGCCAUGUGGAUUAAUGGCUGUAAGCUAUGUGUUUGUGACACCGUAAACCGAAACGUUUUGGAGUAUUCUAACAGUUUCAGUCGACAAUGAGUCUUUUGCCUCGCACCGCUGAGGAAUUCAGCUCUGCAGAGUACUGGGAGAGAUUUUUUAAGAAGCGCGGAGAGAAAGCUUUCGAGUGGUACGGAGACUACAACAAACUCUGCGGCGUCCUGCAUAAAUACAUCAAAGUGCAAGAUAAGGUGUUGGUGGUCGGUUGUGGUAACUCUGAGCUGAGUGAACAGCUGUAUGAUGUUGGCUACAAACAUCUGACUAAUAUUGACAUCAGCGAGACAGUGGUGACCCAUAUGAACCAGCGAAAUGCUGAGCGCCGGCCAGGCCUGACCUUCCAGCAGGUGGAUGCUACACAAACUCCAUAUGAGGAUGCCAGCUACCAGGCUGCCCUGGACAAAGGCACGCUGGACGCCAUGGCAUCUGAGGAGGAAGGAGCUCUGGCCAAGAAAAUGCUCACUGAGGUGGGCCGUGUGCUCAGUAUCGGGGGCCGGUACGUCUGUGUGACAUUGGCUCAGGAGAGUGUGAUCAAGUUGGCUGUGGAGCACUUUGUACAGCUGGGGUGGGCGGUGAGGCUCCACUGCCUGCAGGAGGAAAGUGGAAAGGAAGAGGACUCCUUUGCUCUGCCUGUCUUUGUUCUGGUCUGCACCAAGUUUCGUCAGCCUAUGCCCACACCUAUCCUGGAGAUGUGUCUCGGGGAGGAUGGAGCCCCAACGCGUCUCACGCAGGUUUCAGAGCUGUUGUCGGCUGUGAGGGAGCAUCAGGCCUACUCUGUCCUGAGAAAGAGGCUCCGCACAGGCACAGAUGCCAGCUCAAAGCUGUCGCUCACUCUCUGCCACGCCAAGACUGGACUUCCCAGAUACACGCUCACAGUGCAAGAUUGUUCCCCAGGAGCCAAGGUGCCAAGAUCAAACCACUUUGCCAUAUUUAUUGUGCCUCAAGGCAGCGAGACAGCUUGGCUCUACAGUUCCAGCGAGGGGCGAAAGCAGCUGGCAGCCAGUGCUAACUUUCGACGCCUGGUUAUUGUGGCAAUGCACAGGAAUCAGGAGUACACAGACAUGCAGGCUGUCCAGUCAGAACUCUCACCAAUGGUGAUGGACCUGGCUCCUCCGGGUAUGCCAGCCAACCAACAGGUGCCAUUUCUGUCAGUAGGAGGUGACCUGGGUUGGCGAGAGGAGGUCAGCAGGGGUGUGAGUGAGCUGAGCGGCGAGUACUGUGUGGAGAAUGUGAAAGGAGAAGACGGACAGUUGUAUCGUAGACUCGUUUUCCUGUCUAAUGCUGCCCUGGUCCAAUCAGAGAGCCGUCUUGUCUCAUCAAACACCACCUCAAGUCAGAAGAAGAAGAACAAAAAGAAGGCCAAGCCAGCAGCUCCUCCAACAACCUCCUCAACCUCUCUGUCAGUGGACAGUGGCUUCCUCUGCUGUGCUCACCAUGAAGUCAUGGUGGCUGGUCUUGCCAUGCUUGGGGUGGGCACGCCAGAGCGUAAAGACGUCCCAGUGUCAGUGCUCCUGGUGGGACUCGGUGGAGGAGGUCUGCCUCAGUUUCUGCGGGACUUUGUGCCUGAUGUUACUGUGGAGGUUGUGGAACUAGAUCCUGUUGUGCUGAAAGUGGCAAAGGAAUGGUUCGGAUUCAGACCAGAUGAUCGUUUGACUGUAACUCUUGGGGACGGCCUUGAACGCAUCUGUGCCCAGGAGAAGGAAGGUUGUUUGUUUGAUGUCAUCAUGUUUGAUGUAGACAAUAAAGAUAGCACUGUGGGUAUGAGCUGUCCUCCUGCUGCCUUUGUAGAAACUGCCAUCCUGCAGAAAGUCUGCAGCCUUUUAACCCCCAGAGGUGUAUUCAUACUGAACCUUGUGUGUCGUGACCCAGUCUUGAGGAAAAGCGUGCUACAGCGUGUGAGCGCUGUGUUCCCCUGCAUCCUCUCUCGAAAGAUUGAGGGGGAAGUCAACGAAGUCCUUCUGUGCUCUCACGGAGAAAACAAGACACCGGACGCUGCCCGCGUCCUUCCAUCUCUGAACCAGGCAGCCAUGAAUCUGCAGAGCGCACUGUGCUCUAACAGAAGUGGAACCAACCGCAGCCCACACAUAGACAUUGUAGAGUUGCUAAAAGACCUGAAAGUAGAGUAAAGUUUGUUGAGACGAUAUUUUGAAGAUAAUGAAACACAAGAAUAAGUACUUUGCCAUUCAGUACAACGAUGUAAUGAAAAGUACUAUGUUGUAUAACAUGCAAUCACAAGUAAACACAUUUUUUUAUCUUUACACCUUAAUGUGGUGCUCCUACAAAAAAAAAAAAAAAAAGAAUUUCCAGUGCUGUUAGUUACAUACAUUGUUAGCAUUAUUAUUAUUAUUUCGCCACUAAUGUAAUAGCCUUUCUGUUGCUUGUAGUUUCCAGUGUACCACAUGGUGCUCACUCUCUCCCUCAGUGCCAAGGAAUGCAGCAGCGUUAUUUACAGUAGAUGAAUCGUACACUCUGGUUCUGGUUGCGGGUGUUUAUAGGGCUGCACCGGAGCCCUGCCCACACUGGCUGGAUGAGCGAGGCUUUAAGCAGCCGUCGGCAAGAGUAGUGGAUACGUGCCAGGCGUCUGAUAAGUCGGGGAACUUUCAUAAUUGGCCAUGAAGUUUGUCUGUCUUCUGCAUAUGGGGGUUGCAAAGUUAAAGUUGCUGAUGAUCGCGCAUGCGCACUGAAGUUGAUUCCGUUAGCUGUCAAAGUAGUAUAUUUUCCUCCCCGUCCGCGGACCAAGCUCAGCGCAGCUAGCUCCUCAAAGGUGUCCGGAGUUUAAAGGAAACAACACGCCCCGCGACCGUAUGGAGUUUUAAAGCAGCGAAAUGUCCACAGUGGGCCGUUUUCCGAGACUCGAGGACCGUGGGUUGAAGCUUGGACUCCCCCGUCGUUCCCAGACGCACUGACGGUAACGUACUAACUGACUAACGGCUGCUGAGGUUGUGGAUCUUCACAAGUCGCCACAGACGUUCGAAGAGGAUUGUUUCUUAAAGUUUUGUACAUUUAAGUAAUGAAAACAAAAAAACAAAAUUAUAGAUAACCAUUAAGCAUGGUAGCUUCCCUCCCCACUGAUGUAGCCUAGAACCGUGGUAAAAAAAAAAAAAAAAACAUUUAACGGAAACCGAGCAGGUAACUCGGCUGC